AUGAUCAAAGACCAUGAAACUCUAACCUCAAAUAGUGGAAACUUCACCUUGGGAUUCUUCACACCUCAAAAUUCAACAAAUAGAUAUGUAGGAAUUUGGUGCAAAACUCAAGACUUUGUGGUAUGGGUUGCUAAUAGAAACCAACCAUUGAUCAAUAAUUCUUCUGGUGUUGUUACAAUAUCCAAUGAUGGCAAUCUUGUACUAUUGAAUGGACAAAAAAAUGUUCUUUGGUCAUCAAAUGUUCCCAACGUUACAACAAAUUCUAGUUUCCAACUUUCAGAUGAUGGAAACCUUGUCUUCUGUGAAACAUUAACAGGAAACAGUAUAUGGGAGAGUUUCAACCAUCCAACAAAUGUAAUAUUACCAAACAUGAAACUUACAAGCUACAAAAGAAGUAGUGAGAAAGUAAAACUUACAUCAUGGAAAACACCUUCUGAUCUGUCCGUUGGAAACUUCUCUUUAAGCGUCGAACGCCUGACUAUUUCGGAAGUUAUCAUUUGGAAUGAGACUCGGCCGUAUUGGCGAAGUGGUCCUUGGAAUAAUCAAAUUUUUAUAGGGAUAGAAGACAUGGGAACUCUUUACCUUAAUGGUUUUCAUUUUGAAAAAGAUGGUACGAGAGGAACUGGUGAUUUGUAUUUCAGAGCAGACGACUGUGGACUUGUAAUCUAUAGACUGAAUUCACAAGGCCAAAUUCAUGAAAAUUCUUGGAGUGUUGAGAAAGAGGAGUGGCAAUUCAAAAGUGUCACCACAUUGUAG